CCCCUCCCCCACCUCGUCUCUUGCUCCUUUCAUAUCAGUAUGACAACCUCUGGCCCCAUCCCUGGCACGGUGCCCACCGCCCCGGAAGUGGUCUUCAACCUGAAUGACGAGUGGACGAUUACCCUCAACCGCGGACCGAUGAUGUGUUCGCAGGAGGUUGACCGCCUCACUGAGGAGCUCGACCUCCCGCUGCCGGAGAUGGUCUUCCCCAACAAUUCCAUUUGCAUCUCCACCACGGGCGGCUUUUCUCUGGCCUUCCGCGCGAUCGACGCCCUGCGCCAUGUGCCCAACCACCUGGCCCUGGAAGCGGCCAAGACCCACGCCGAUGGAGCCAACUACGAGGAGGUCGAGAAGGUGGCCUACGCCUCGCAGUGGGCCAGCGCCCGGGAGGCCCUCUUCCAGGGGAACACCACCUCCGAAACGGCGGAGUCCACGCCGGAGGAUGUGUCCCCGGCCCUGGUGGCCGAGGAUCCGGCGGCCCAGUCGGCCUCAGUGUCGGCCACCACCCCGGGGACCACCACCGAUCCCGGAGCCCCUGGCAGCUGGCUGACCGAGGUCCCGCAGCACGACUGGACGUACGCCUCGCGCUAUCGGGGGACGCUGGUCCUGCCGGGGCCGUUCGCCGAGCGCAUGCGCCCGGUGCCGAGCACCCUGGCCGAGGCGGCCACCGCAUGCCUGGCUGACCCUUGCUGGUCGAGCUCCUCGCGCGCGUCCUCCCCCUUCGCCACCGAAGCCCGGGAGUUGGAUGUCGCACGGCUUUCCCGGCCGGAUCCCCUGCUUUUCCACACCGGCCCCCAGUGGCUGCAUCUUUAUGAUGAUGAGCUCCAUGACAAUGGGCAUGUGCGCUUCGGCAUUCGCGCGCGUGCCAUGCCGGACGGGCUCUUCAUCCUGGCCCGGUGUGCGGUGCGCAUCGAUGGGGUUCGUGCGCGGGUUUUCGACACCCGCAUCCACAUGGCCACCGAUGACCCGGCGCGCGGGGUCCUCCGCGAGACUGUCAUCCGUGAGGCCUCAUGGUCGGCGCUCUUCGACGACAACCUGCUCAUUGGCAGCGGGCAGACGGCCAGCGCGGCCAAUGCCGUGGUUGCCGGCUCCCGGCCGCUGGACAUCCAGGCCCUCAUUGACCUAGACGCCAUUGCUGAUCGCCUUCCGGUGGUCGCUCGCGAGGUGGAGUACCUCCCGGCCUUUCCGGACUCGAACCUGUCGGGGAUUGUUGCUAUGUAAAGAAAAGAGGGGCCGCCUCCUGGCCUCCCCCCUCCCCGCUUUUCAUCCACCUCUCCCUCCCUCCAUCUUUUAUCUCCGGAGAUGGGAAAUACACACUCUUCUUCCCACUCGGUGGAAGACAUUCCCA